GUUUUCCAAAAGUAAUCCAUUCAAUUUUUGCCAAAGAGCUGGAUACGCCAAAUGCCGAAUAACAAACGGGAGAGGAAAUCUGUUCCUUGGUAUGAACCACAGGAAGAUAUUCCAGAGCAGUCCGUUAACAGCAUCAAGCUCAACGCCGGCUCCUGAACAGCCAAUGCCCCCACCGCCACCGCCACCUCCCCCUCCUCCCCCGCCCAAUUUCCGGGAAGAGACUGGUCACCAGACGACUUUCGCACCGACUACAGACCCACGAGAACCCGUGCCGGAGCUCAUAGACACCGGAGGAAUCGAACUUAGAAUCGACGUCGAGUUCUCGUGGUUCCAGUCAGAUAAACUUGAGGAAUUCAAGACUACAAUGAGUAUUACCUGCAACGAGUUCUGUGCAGCGAAGGGACACUGCUUAACAAACCCAAAGAUAACAGAUGCAGAUGACGUGAUGGUCUACAAAAUACGGGCCUUGUCCGAGGUCAGGCGAACGGUUGUGUCCUUCUACAUCAAGAAUCCUUUUGCUAGGAAACAGCUCACAAUGACAUCAAAACAACUGAAACGUAUGAUUUUCAGAGAGCGUUUGGCAAUUGAGGAAGCUCUUGGAUACAGGCUAGAUUUAGGUGACUUAGAUCAUCAUGUUCCGACUAGUGACCCUACAAACUCUGUCCCCUCGAGACCUGCUUUGGAAUGGUGGGCCAUUACAUUACUCGUUCUUGGAGGAGCAUCGAUGCCCAUCAUUGCAUUUUCCAUAGUGGUGCACGACAUGAGAAAGAAAAGAGCGGCCGUCAAGACGACCUUUGAUUACGUGGAGAUGCAAAAUGAUGACGACCAAACGAGCUUGCAGGAAAGUGGGAGGACGCGUGACGAUUCAACAUCAGCUAAUUGAGUGACGAAGUGACUUGAUAACUUAGGUCUGCAACAUCCAGUCUCCGGGUACUUCCAAACGCUUCUCUUGUAGUGCGAUUGUGAGUGAACCAGUAAGAAGUGGUGAAAUGUACUCGUGAACGAAAAUAACAGUAAAAUCUUUUGAGGUUUGCACAUAAUGAAAGAUACGAAACAGUAGUAUUCAUACAUAGUAUUAUUCGCAUGCAGUACAGGACAUAUACAUAUGCUUAUUAUUAUUUGGCGACUUUCAGGCUGCUUAAUUAAAUUUUACAUGUCUUCAUUGCGUUCAGUCAUGCUUAUGGGUAGUGAAGCUCCCGUGGACAAACCAGUUUCGUUCAUUCCAUCUGUAAUGGGUGAUAUCUUGAGAUCCAAUUAAUCUAAACCUACCAUUUUUUCAGGAUUAUUGCUUAACACCCCACUCAUCCCUACACUAAGUAAAUACGAAGUCUCUGGAUUGCAGAAUGUGUUGAACAAUCACCUCAA